AUGAACGGAACGAAGAAUCUUGGCAUUCGCUCUGAUGGUGCGGACACCUACCUAUAUGGCGAAUGCAGAUUCAAUGAGGACCCGUGGGCCUACAGAAGAAGCGAAAUACGUCUGGAUGAUUUCCUUGGAGACGAUCAUGGCUUUUUCAAAUGGGGUGGGCAUGAUUUCACUGAGAAAGCAGCGGGUGUAAGAUUUGGUAUUGAAGGCCAGCAAAAUGUGCCUGUGCUACGCGCUCAGCUCCGUGGAGAUUUCGGGAAUGAUUAUGCUGAGAGAGAUGUGAAUCUGGCCGAGCAUAUCUAUAACUAUGGGGGCAAUCUACAGUAUCGCCCCUGA